CUGCCACAGAGGUGGUCCGGCUGGGCCCUGUCAGGUCCUGCUCCUGGCCUGCUGUAUCCUGGUAAUCCUGGGGCCAAGCCAAAGACACCUGGCCACACACACCUCAACUCCAUCCGCAUUGACGGGGACAUCUCACUGGGUGGGCUCUUCCCCGUACAUGCCAGAGGCAACAACGGUAAAGCCUGUGGGGAGCUGAAGAAGGAGAAGGGGAUCCACAGACUGGAGGCCAUGCUGUUCGCUCUGGACCGCAUCAACAACGACCACGAGCUGCUGCCCAACAUCACUCUGGGGGCCAGGAUCCUGGACACCUGUUCCCGGGACACCCACGCCCUGGAGCAGUCGCUCACCUUUGUCCAGGCGCUCAUUGAGAAGGACGGGACAGACAUCAAGUGCCUGAGUGGCGGGCCGCCCAUCAUCACCAAGCCUGAGAGGGUGGUGGGUGUCAUCGGGGCCUCCGCCAGCUCCGUGUCAAUCAUGGUGGCCAACAUCCUGCGCCUCUUCAGGAUCCCCCAGGUGAGCUAUGCCUCCACGGCUCCGGAGCUGAGUGAUAACACGCGCUACGACUUCUUCUCCCGCGUCGUGCCCCCGGACACCUACCAGGCACAGGCAAUGGUGGACAUAGUCAAAGCCAUGCGCUGGAAUUACGUCUCUACAGUAGCAUCAGAGGGCAACUAUGGAGAGAGCGGUGUGGACGCCUUCAUACAGAAGUCCCGCGAAGACGGAGGUGUGUGCAUCUCUCAGUCAUUGAAGAUACCACGAGAACCUAAGCUUGGAGAGUUUGACAAGGUCAUCCGUAGACUGUCGGAGAACCCCAAUGCCCGGGUUGUCAUUCUCUUUGCCAACGAAGAUGACAUUAAGCGGCUUCUUCAAGCAGCUAAGAAGGCUAACCAGACAGGACAUUUUAUAUGGGUGGGGUCAGACAGCUGGGGGUCUAAGAUCUCCCCCAUCCUGAACCAGGAAGAGAUGGCAGAAGGGGCUGUCACGAUCCUACCCAAACGACAGUCCAUCCGAGGGUUUGAUCGGUACUUCAUCAGCAGAACUUUGGACAACAACAGAAGGAAUAUUUGGUUCGCAGAGUUCUGGGAAAACAACUUCCAGUGCAAACUCAGUCGACACGCUCUGAAGAAAGGAUCCGGCAUCAAAAAGUGCACAAACCACGAGCGGAUCGGGAAGGACUCAUCCUAUGAGCAGGAGGGGAAGGUCCAGUUUGUGGUUGAUGCAGUUUACGCCAUGGCUCAUGCCCUACACAACAUGCACAAGGAGCUCUGUCCAGGGAAAGUGGGCCUCUGCUCCAAAAUGGAAACCAUCAAUGGAACCAUGUUGCUCAAGUUCAUACGCAACAUCAACUUUACAGGAAUUGCUGGCACUCCAGUGAUCUUCAAUGUGAACGGAGAUGCCCCUGGUCGCUAUGAGAUCUAUCAGUACCAGAUAAAUCACAACACCACAGAGUACAAGAUCAUCGGCCACUGGGCAGACCAGCUCCAUUUAGAUACUAAGGAGAUGCGGUGGCCUGGUGGGACAUGGCAGGUACCCCAGUCUAUCUGCAGCCAGCCCUGUCAUCCUGGGGAGAGGAAGAAAACAGUGAAGGGUGUCCCCUGCUGUUGGCACUGUGAGCGCUGUGAUGGCUACCAGUACCAGGCCGACACCUACAACUGUAAGAUGUGCCGCUUUGACCUGCGGCCCAACAAGAACCACACGGCCUGCGAGGCCAUCCCGAUCGUCAAGCUGGAGUGGAGCUCCCCCUGGGCCGUCAUCCCCGUCCUCAUCGCUGUGCUGGGCAUCAUGGCCACCAUGUUUGUGGUGGCCACCUUCAUCCGCUACAACGACACGCCUAUUGUGAAGGCGUCAGGGCGCGAACUCAGCUAUGUGCUGCUGACAGGCAUCUUCCUGUGCUACGCCACCACCUUCCUCAUGAUCUCAGCACCUGACGUUGGAAUCUGUUCCCUCCGACGGAUCUUCCUAGGUCUGGGGAUGAGUAUUAGCUAUGCAGCGCUGCUCACCAAGACCAACCGUAUCUAUCGCAUCUUUGAGCAGGGCAAGAUGUCAGUGAGCGCCCCCAGGUUCAUCUCCCCGGCCUCCCAGCUGGUCAUCACCUUCAGCCUGAUCUCAGUGCAGCUCCUGGGGGUGUGCAUCUGGUUCGGUGUGGACCCAUCUCAGGCUAUCAUCGACUAUGAGGACCAGCGCACGUCCAACCCGGACAUGGCCCGUGGCGUGCUCAAAUGUGACAUCUCAGACCUUUCUCUGAUCUGCCUGCUUGGCUUCAGCAUGCUGCUCAUGGUCACCUGUACGGUGUAUGCCAUCAAGACCCGGGGGGUGCCAGAGACCUUCAAUGAGGCCAAGCCCAUCGGCUUCACCAUGUACACCACCUGUAUCGUCUGGCUGGCCUUCAUACCCAUCUUCUUUGGGACUUCACAGUCAACAGAAAAGAUGUACAUCCAGACCACGACUCUGACCAUCUCUGUGAGCCUGAGUGCCUCUGUGUCUCUGGGGAUGCUCUACAUGCCCAAGGUCUAUGUGGUCCUUUUCCACCCGGAGCAGAACGUGCCCAAGCGCAAGCGAAGCCUCAAGGCUGUGGUCACCGCAGCCACCAUGUCCAACAAGUUCCCCACUAAGGGUGGCUUCCGGCCCAACGGAGAGGCCAAAUCUGAGCUGUGUGAAAGCCUGGAGACACAAGCAUUGGCCUCCAAGCAGACAUACAUCAGCUACAGUAACCAUGCCAUCUAAGAAACAGACAGUGGAGACCCGGCUCGGAAGCCUAGCAAGGACCUGCGUGUGGAAUGAACGAACACCAAAACCGGAGCACCAAGUUGCAAGAGCAGUGGAAAAUGUGGAGAAAUUAGAAUAAUCACUCAACAUACUGAACAGAUGUCAUUAUUUUCAUGAAGACCAGUCAAUGCAAGGCUAUUGAAUGCCAAACAAAAGCAGUGGGAAGGUUCCUUGGGGGGUGGGGAGGUGGGGGUUUCAGGCAGAUAUUACAGUGAUGUCUCCCCUCCCCAUCCCCCUUGUAACAUGUCAGAGACAUCAGGCAGUCACAUUUCCAAAUUAAGUCAGUGUUUUCCUUCUGGAGUUUAUAGAACAGCUUUUCUCUUCUGGUGUUUUGUCUGAAGCUGACUAACACCCUGACUAACACCCUGGCCAACACCCUGGCUAGCUCCCUGACUAUAACCUGUAACAUUUACAUUAUGUUGUCAUCAUUUUAAUGAAGAUCAUAGUUGUGAAACAGAGAAAACAAAUAUGCAACUUUCAAACAUCUGAAUAUUCAGUGUUACAGCAUGGGUCCAAUAAAUGUUUCCAUCAUGGACAGUACAUCAAAUAUAGCAGUGGGUUUUCCCAGAUGAUGGCUAUACCAUAUCUUAUACCAUCUUUACGGUCCUUGUGUACAGUCCUAGAGCAUGCCUGUGGGAGCAUAAUGUGUACUGUGCUGUGUUGUCAAAAUCUAUGGAAUGCAACAUGUGUGAGGAUUGCGGUUCAAUAGUCACAGUGGCGUUAUCAUUGUGGACUAUUACACACGUGAUACCUUUUGCAGAUGAACACAGAUAAAAUACAAGAAACAGCCAUAAGAAUUAGCUAACAAGUAAAAGCCUUGUAUGUACUCCACUUCCUAUUUUUCUGUGAAAUACAGCCUCAAGACUGUCCCGUGUAGCUCAGUUGGUAGAGCAUGGCGUUUGCAACGCCAGGGUUGUGGGUUCAUUUCCCACGGGGG